AUGUUGUUUUCUCUCUUCCUCUUGUCUGUCUCUCCAUCUCUCUUUCUGCCACUCUCCCUUCCUCAGUCUGUGAUAGUAAAGAGUGUGGAGCGGAAUGCAGUGAACAUGUACGAGGCCCGGAAGUUUCUGCUGGGUCUGGAGAGCAACGGGGUGUCAUCAGCCAUCUCCCCCAUCACCAACGGCCCCUCCCCCACCCUAAUCUGUCCUGUCGGCCUGGACAUCCUGGCCUCAGCUGGCCUGGGGCUGAGCAGUCUGGGUAAUGGAGUUCGAUUGUGGCUUUCUACAAAUGUAAUCCCAAGGACCUUUCCCAUACGUUUAUAGACCAGUGAUUGGAAAAAGAGGCUUGUGUCAUACUGUAUGUAGUCCAACUGUAUUGUUAUCUUGUGAAAAGAAACAAUAAGAAAUACAAUUGAAAAAAACAUGAGACAAACUCCUUUACAACGGUAUGAUUCAUGAGUUAUGUAUCAUGGGAUAAACUGUUCUAAGUGUGUAGGAGGUUUAUGUCUGGAAACUGACCACAUUGACAGUCCCUUCCUGGGGCGUACAGUAUGAACCCAAAGGCCCAUGGUAAGAUAUGGGCCUCCACAUCUCAGCCUAUAGUUAAUUACUACAUCCCUCUCCAUCAGAUUACAGCUCAGCCUGCCAGAGAAAUCCGAGCCUUAUUUCUGGAGUGAAAUGAUCAGUUUGUCAAACCCACAAACCUGUUUCAGUCUGCUUUGAUAUGUUUGGGUUGAAACAUAAAGUAGCAGAGUUUAACAUGGAGUUAUUGACUGUGUUGAGUUAUAUUUGUCAAAGACCCAGUUCUCUCAAAUGUCUCUCUCUUUAUUUUCUUAUUUUCUGACCACUGAUAUGAAAGGACUUGAUGAGUGAUGUGGUAGUAUGCAAUAAUAUCUAUUACUGGUGUGGGAAGAAAAUAGUUUUAGAGUGACACUGUAUUGAGACAAAUUCUUAUACUCUGUGUCUUUCUCUCCUCCAGGCCUCCUAGGUGCAUCAGUGCCCCAUUCUCUCAGUAGCUCCCCGGCUCCAAACUCUGUUCUCAACAGUCUGAACUCUUCCAUGAGCCCUAUGCAGAACCCCAGCCCCAGCACCCCAUCUCCCUCCCCCUCACUGUGGCCCAGCUCUCUCACCAGCACCCAAAGUGAGUACAGACAGCUAGUGCACAAUCUCUCGCUGUCUCACACCUUCAGGUUUCUCACCUUGCUCACAAAUAGCUAUAAGGGAUUGAUACCCAGCCUCCGGAAUGCUCUCCCGGACCACCUGAAGGCACCACAGACUCUGGGCUCUUUAAAACGGGCCUAAAGACCUUUCUCUUUAGGAAGGCUUUCUGUUAAUAGCUGUGGUCCUUGGUGUCCCUUGUAGCAUCAGCUGUGCUUUAUUUGUCAGUUGCCCUGUCUAGUUGUGUCCAUAAAAAAAUAAAAAAGGAUUUAUGCACUUUGAGAUUAUUCUGUAUAAUGAAAAGUGCUUUACAAAUGUAAUAAAUUAUUAUAUGAUGAAAAUGUUAUGAUAAAGGUGUAGGAUUUUCUCCCUCGUGUAUCCAGGCUUCUCGUCGCAGUUGAUGAUGCACCCUGUAGCCCAGGCCACUCUGAGCAGUAUCCUGCUCUCUGGGGUCCAGGGGUACACCCAGAACACCCCCUCCCCUCCCCCUGGGCUUGCCCCAAUCGACAAGCAGACCAACGGGGUCCCUGACUGCUCCAAAGGCCCCUGUACCCUCAAUGGACAUGUCAAGGUGACUGACUUUCAUAGACAUAUACUCACUAACUGUUAGAUUGAAUAUAUACCUUGCCUAUAGUGAGUAUAAUGUAUAUGGCUACAUUUGUGUUUGUGUGCAGCAUCCUGGCUCAGUCUAUGGUAGGAUGUCCAGUGCGUCACUGGCAGACACGGUUCUGAACCCCAACCAGUGUGACUCAGUCCAGGAGGCCAGCGGACACAACCCGUCAGAACCCCGCUCCAGCAAGUCCAACCAAGACGAAGGUACCACAUACACACACCGUACCUACAGACAACAUGGAAAUGUAUAGCUCUUGUAGCUAUACUUUAGAGGUUUAUAGAACCCACAAGGAAACCUUGGUAUUUGGCCUUAUAAACUGCUAAAUGAAUUUAUGCCACAAUAUAUUUGUUUUCAUCUUAUAUGUAGACCAAUAUGCGGUCAAGUACCCAUUCUUAAACCACUUUUAUUAGGUUGCAGCAGGGUGACAUUAAUGGCUGGUAUUCCAGUGGUUGAGGUUCCGAAUUCCCUGCAUCUCUAACGUGUGGUUUGAGUGUAGCCUUGCUCUCACGCUCCCAUGUUGUUGGAGCUGGAGCUAUGUUGACUCCCCAGCCUCAGCCCCAGCUUGGCUGGUCACAGUAGUAACUGUUUCCUCUCCCUGACCACCUCCUGUGUUCUCCAACCUGUUCCAACUGGCUCUGCUUCCCGUAACCAUCGAGCCCAGGGUGAAUCAACUAAACAUAAUAGCUUGGAGAUGUUAAUUAAGAUGACUGACAUCUUAUUAUUUUACGCUGUCAAGGCCUACAUACACACACGCACACAGAGAUCCUGUUCUGCAGGCCAGGUUACUGCCUGGAAGAGGGAGAGAAGAAGGAAAAAAGCCCCUUCAUUAGACUGCUUCUGUUUUUUAUUAACACAGGUGCCAACUGUGAGGUUGAGCAGCUAUAUUUAGUAAUGCUCAUGCAAUCAUGCAGAGUGACUUGCAGGUGCAAAGAACGUACUGUAAUGUAUGCAUGACAGACAAUGGAAAGCUGAGCAAUAAUGCCCUCUAAAGAAAAGGUUGCUAUGGAAGUACAAAAACUUGGUUGUCAAAUACAGGGAUUCUAUAAGAAUAUAGAAAUUCAUUGUAUCUCAUUUGUCACAUGUAAAGGAUAUAAUAGUACAUACAGCUAGAUAUAUAGCCUACUGAUCGACAUUAUUAAAUCAUGAAGGAAGAAAUAAAUAUCCCACAUUACCGUUUCUUCACAAAUGCUCUUUUACGUUCUCUCCACCAGGCUCUGACACCUUUGUGGAAGUGGGCAUGCCCAGAAGCCCAUCUCACUCAGCAAAUGGAAACGAGCUGAAACAGAUGCUGGCUUCCUGUAAGACGUCAGGGAAACGGCAAGCGGUGGAGCUCCUCCAGGGGACCAAGAACUCCCAUCUCCAGUAUGUCUGUCCAGAGCUACAGUAAGACUACCUAUAUAAAAUAUUUGAAGGCGUUCAGAGAUGUCCUCACGCUUCCAUUCCCAUGCCUAAAGGGUAUGAACAUAGGACUAGAACUCAUUCUAGUUCAGUGGGUAUGACUCCCAUAAAUUAAUAGAAUAGAAAAUAUUAGCACUUUGUGACAACUGCUGAUGUUAAAAGGGCUGAUGUAAAAAGGACUUUCGUUUUCCAGAAGGAACGUCAGUGGGGAAAAGGGCUUGAGGGGGGUGCUAUUUGGAGACAAAGCAGGGGACUGCUCUGUUAUACUGCAUUCUGUCAUGCGUUGUUGUAAUAUGCCAUACCUUGUUGAGCUGUGCUGUAUGUCUUUUCUGUGCUGUAGGCUACUCUAUUGUGAUGGGGUUUGUACCUUGCUGUCUUUCUAAUAUAAUUGUUCCUCUCUGUUGUCCCCCUCCCACAGCUCAGACUGCCUACUGUCAGACCCAGAGUCGAGUGCUUCAGACAGCCCUGUGACAGAUAAGAGGGCUCCGGGCAGUGAGCGGGCAGCAGAGAGGGCAGCACAGCAGAACGAGAGGGACAGGAUCCGCUUGGCACCACAUUCUUCCUUUGCCAACAUGCAGGUACAACUAGAGGUAUUCGAACUCCACUUCUCUCUCUCACAUACACGCACUCACAUAUCAAUAAAUGGCUCAUGUGAAUUUGACAAGUAGAAAAACUGACGCUGACCCUCUCAAUUUCUAUUUCAGGCACUUGAAUAUGAACAGAAAAAGCUGUUAGCAACCAAGGGUAAGUGUCAAUCUUUCAGGCAAUUCCUGUCUAGUCUCAACGGAAACUGUGUCCGUUUUUCUGACCUUUCGCACUAAUUGGUAAGAGGUGUUUAUCUGUGUCUGUGUGUCCAGCCAUGUUGAAGAAGCCUGUUGUGACUGAGGUGCGGACCCCCACUAACACGUGGAGUGGUCUGGGUUUCUCCAAGUCUAUGCCAGCAGAGACCAUCAAGGAGCUGCGCAGGGCCAACCACGUGCCCUACAAACCCACCAUGAGUACCACCUACGAGGUAAACUCCGACUAUGAGGUAAACACCAAUGGACCAGGUUGUUUCCGCUGUUGAAGAGAACGUGUUUAUAGUAACAUACCUGAUAUGAAAACUUAUGCAAAGACUGUAAUAAGAAACAUCAUCAUGGAUUGCAUAAAACAAUGAAAACCAAUAGGUAAAUAUGUAAAGCACAAAAGUAAGUUAAUGAAAACUAAACUUAAUUGAUACUCAGUGAGUCACAGAACUAAACCAUUACUGAGAAGGUAAAACUACAGUGCCUUGCAAAAGUAUUCAUCCCCCUUGGCAUUUUCCCUAUUUUGUUGCAUUACAACCUGUAAUUUAAAUGGAUUUUUAUUAGAAUUUCAUGUGGACAUACACAAAAUAGUCCAAGUUGGUGAAGUGAAAUGAAAAAAAUAACUUGUUUCAAAAAAUUCAAAAAAAUGAAUAAUGGAAAAGUGAUUUGUGUAUAUGUAUUUGCUAUGAAGCCACUAAAUAAGAUCUGGUGCAACCAAUUACCUUCAGAAGUCACAUAAUUAAUUAAAUAAAGUCCACCUGUGUGCAAUCUAAGUGUCACAUUAUCUCAGUAUAUAUACACCUGUCAUGAAAGGCCCCAGAGUCUGCAACACCACUAAGCAAGGGGGACCACCAAGCAAGCGGCACCAUGAAGACCAAGGAGCUCUCCAAACAGGUCAGGGACAAAGUUGUGGAGAAGUACAGAUCAGGGUUGGGUUAGAAAAAAAUAUUUGAAACUUUGAUCACCCCACGGAGCACCAUUAAAUCCUUUAUUAGAAAAUGGAAAGAAUAUGGCACCACAACAAACCUGCCAAGAGAGGGCCGCCCACCAAAACUCACGAACCAGGCAAGGAGGGCAUUAAUCAGAGAGGCAACAAAGAGACCAAAGAUAACCCUGAAGGAGCUGCAAAGCUCCACAGCGGAGAUUGGAGUAUCUGUCCAUAGGACCACUUUAAGCCGUACACUCCACAGAGCUGGGCUUUACAGAAGAGUGGCAGAAAAAAGCCAUUGCUUAAAGAAAAAAAUAAGCAAACACGUUUGGUGUUCGCCAAAAGGCAUGUGGGAGACUCCCCAAACAUAUGGAAGAAGGUACUCUGGUCAGAUGAGACUAAAACUGAGCUUUUUGGCCAUCAAACCCAACACCUCUCAUCACCCCGAGAACACCAUCCCCACAGUGAAGCAUGGUGGCGGCAGCAUCAUGCUGGGGGAUGUUUUUCAUCGGCAGGGACUGGGAAACUGGUCCGAAUUUAAGGAAUGAUGGAUGGCGCUAAAUACAGGGAAAUUCUUGAGGGAAACCUGGAGACUGGGACGGAGGUUCACCUUCCAGCAGGACAAUGACCCUAAGCAUACUGCUAAAGCAACAAUUCAGUGGUUUAAAAGGAAACAUUUAAAUGUCUUGGAAUGGCCUAGUCAAAGCCCAGACCUCAAUCCAAUUGAGAAUCUGUGGUAUGACUUAAAAAUUGCUGUACACCAGCGGAACCCAUCCAACUUGAAGGAGCUGGAGCGGUUUUGCCUUGAAGAAUGGGCGAAAAUCCCAGUGGCUAGAUGUACUAAGCUUAUAGAGACAUACCCCAAGAGACAUGCAGCUGUAAUUGCUGCAAAAGGUGGCUCUACAAAGUAUUGACUUGGGGGGGGGUGAAUAGUUAUGCACGCUCACGUUUUCUGUUUUUUUGUCUUAUUUCUUGUUUGUUUCACAAUAAUACAUAUUUUGCAUCUUCAAAGUGGUAGGCAUGUUGUGUAAAUCAAAUGAUACAAACCCCAAAAAAAUCUAUUUUAAUUCCAGGUUGUAAGGCAACAAAAUAGGAAAAAUGCCGGGGGGGGGGGGGGGGGGGGGUGAAUACUUUCACAAGCCACUGUACAGCCCAAUAUGAUCUGAUGUCCCCCUUCUGUGCCCCCAGGGCUCCCCCCUGUCCCUCUCCCGCUCCGGCAGCAGAGAGGGCGUGGGCAACGGCAGUGACUCUGAGAACUGGAGAGACAGGAACGGGGGUGGGAACGGACUUCCCGGCCACGCCGAAUUCCCAGUGUCUGUUUGCAGUCCCAAGAGGAAGCAGAACAAAUCUGGUGAGCUACUCAGCAGAUACCCAUCUGAACUUUUUUUCGGAAAUAAAAAAAUAAGAAUGAAAGGCAAGAAGGCUAGAUCAUCACACUCCCAUUUAAAGUAAACUCUCUUAAAAGUUUUGAUGAUGAAUAAAUAAAAACAUCUAACCUUGAACAGCAGAUGCUGUGUAAAGCUUGCAUCAUUAAUGAAAACGUGAGAGUGUUCCUUCCUCCAACACACCUGCACUAAAGUUCUAGAGACCAGAUACUUCUGUUCAUUUCCACCUCAUGUUUUUACUCUUGUAUUCAAUUAUUUGUCAUCAUCAAAGCCAAUCGCUACCGGUUAUGCUGAAGAGAAGCACAUUUUAUCUACAGUAUGUUGGCUUAUAUUGCACACAUUAAAAACAAUCUAACAGCAUUCUCUUGCUCUAAUAGAUACAAAUAAUUAGUCACAACAAUGUUUCGGCAGCAAGAUGCGUCAGGGUUUAUUUUAUGUUGCGUACAUUUUUUUUUUACAAUGAUAACUUUCUAUGAAAGUCUUUAAUGAUGACUGUCUGACUUGUCUUGUCUUCCUGUGACAUCUUUUGAUUGACAGCUGCAGAGCACUAUCUGAGCAGCAGUAACUACAUUGACUGUAUCUCCUCGGUCACCGGGAGCAACGGCUGCAGUCUCCAGUCCUCUCUGAAAGGGUCGGACCUGCCGGAGCUGUUCAGCAAGCUGGGCCUGGGGAAAUAUACUGACGUGUUCCAACAACAGGAGGUACUGGUCUAUGGCUGCCAUAGCAUGGGUUUGCCACAUUAACAUAAGAGCAGAAGCCUCCAUCCAUCCCUGCUUGGCUGACUAUAUCAGAGAUAUGCUACCUUAAGCAUAGGCUAGAAUUUAUGGAUGGAUAGAUCAGUGCUUAGGCUAAGAUUUUCAUGCUGGUAUUAAACUUUUCGGGUAGAAAUUGUCAAUAAAUAAAUGGAUUUAAACAUUUUGCAGGGAGUUCCAUUUUAGCUGCCCAUCGCUCGACCUAGGCUAAGCUUUUUUGCAGCAUAUUUUGGAGUGGUCCUCAUGGUCCAGUGACUAUACUUCGAUUUAUAUCCAACUAAUACUUUUACUGAAAUCAGAGCACACACAUUGCAAAUACUUGAUAAUGGAUAGGCUUCAGGGGCCUCAUUUUUAACCAUUGUAAAUAUCAUACUACAUUUCUAUUAGCGGCAUUUCUGAAAAGUCUGCGCAUGUACAAAAAUAUUGAGAUUUAGAAACUUGGUGCACGCCAUACAUAUGCAUGUUUCCCGUUAUAAAUCAGACCUGUCGUAAAACUGUGAGCAUGAACGAGUAUUAAAACUCUUCCUGGAAAACGCUCGCCAUUCACCUUUUAUGGUGACAAUAACCACGUUUCCAUCCAACUAUUUCAUGCUAAUGAAUUACCUGACACAUGAAAAAAAGUCACGACCGAGCUGAUGGAAACAUGAAAUGCCGAUACAAUUUUAUAAAUGCCGACAGACAAUUUGUUCGUUCGACAUGGUGGGAUCUUUUUGUGUUGGUUAAGUUUAAUUAUGCGGGAAAUGACUGUGGAAACACCUUUAUGCACAAAUAUUGAUAUAAUAACCAUCAUAUCGAUGUAGUCACGCAAUUAUAUGUUGUGUGGUCCUCCCAUUACGACUCGGGAAAGCAUGUAGUUUAUUAGGCUACAGAUGAAAUAAGUUAUGAUGAACUUCACAGGGUGGUGAAUGUGCAAGGUGAUAAGCUUGAAGCUCCUUUCCAAAAAAGAGAUUACAUGAAUGUCCCAAAAUGUAAUUACAGUACUAACAGUAGCAUAAAUAGGCCUACUUCAAUGUAAAUGAUCAACUGUUCACCUGUUAAAUUCGACUGCAUAUUAUAAACCGCGCUGCCUAUGGGAUUUCAAAACUUGAAAUACAUAAUGCCCAUCUAUUUACUUGGCUACUAGGUCCUAGGAAAUUAGAUAUGCGCGUUGUAAUUUGUUGUAUGGCUACUUCAGGAAUAUGAACCAAUCACGGCCAGAAAGGUUGAGGAAUAGAUAGAUUCCUAUGUCUAAUUGUUUUAGAUUCUAAAAAUAAAACAUUGAUUUUCGCUCUUCUCACUAAUGGCAAAUGGCUGCAUUUUUGUUAAUGUUUUCCUGUUUUUAGUUUUUUUUUAUGAAUAAGCUUGUCAUCAUAUCACCCCAGCUUGCAAUACAAUAUUUCAACUACUUACAGAUGUGUGUACACAUGGUCUUAAGUUUGCAGGGAGGUGAGCACAUAUUCACGUCAAGUAAAUUUUUUAUAAAUGGCAACUUGUGUGUGAACUGGCACACCAACAUUUUGGGCUAUAUUUUGUACGUACGCACAGUUUAUAAAUGAGGCCCCAGGUAUUUUAUGUUGCAAAGGGGGAAUUUAUUUUGUUAUCCCAAAAAUUGUAUAGUGUGCAGUGACAUGAUAAAGAUAUUGACUGUACACAUGCACUAUUUUCAGAUCGAUCUCCAGACCUUCCUCACUCUUACAGACCAGGACCUGAAAGAGCUGGGCAUCACCACAUUUGGAGCACGCAGAAAAAUGCUGCUUGCCAUCUCCGGUGUGAAUGACUAUGGUAAUGUCCAAACAUUGUGUGUACUUGUGUGUUUGUGUGAACCCAGUUCCAAUGACAUGUGGGAGAUCCUGCUGGGCUGUAUGUGCUGAUAAUAGCUCAGAUGUCUGUCAGAAGUGUUGAGGUGGCUGUCGGGCGUGCCAGAACCUCUCCUGAUGGAGGCUGUGUGAAAUGGUCUUCUAUGCUUUUCAUUAAACCUCUCAUUUCUGGCCCUGCCAUAUGCCUGAGUAUAGCCACGUACUUCCACUGACCCAUAGCUGAACAUUAAUUACAAUAUCUACUGCCAUCCAUUGGUUUCAGUAGUCAGUGGUGCAAGUCGUGUUCCUCUUUUUGUCUGACAUAGAGAAGCUCGGAUCCUCUCAUACUGUUCCAAGGCAAUGAAUGCCCCACAUGUUUCUUGUGACAUGAACUAAUCCUUGUUUAUAAAUGCAUGACUACCGGAGUAAUACCUUUUCUCUGCCAGGAGAGAACAUGAUUCAGUCAGGUGGCAUUUUGAUUCAUUGCAUUCGGAAAUUAUUCAGACCCCUUGACUUUUCCCACAUUUUGUUACAGCCUUAUUUUAAAAUGGAUUAAAUCGUUUUUUUUCCCUCAUCAAUCUACACACAAUACCCCAUAAUGACAAAGCAAAAACAGGUUUUUAGACAUUUUUGCAAACAGAAAUACAUUAAUAUUCACACCCUUUACUCAGUACUUUGUUGAAGCACCUUUGGCAGCGAUUACAGCCUCGAGUCUUCUUUGGUAUGACGCUACAAGCUUGGCACACCUGUAUUUCGGGAGUUUUUCCCAUUCUUCUCUGCAGAUCCUCUCAAGCUCUGUCAGAUUGGAUGGGGAGCGUUGCUGCACAGCAUGAUGCUGCCUCCACCAUGCUUCACCAUAGGGAUGGUGCAAAGUUUCCUCCAGAAGUGAAGCUUGGCAUUCAGGCGAAAGACUUCAAUCUUGGUUUCAUCAGACCAGAGAAUCUUUUUUCUCAUGGUCUCAUAGCAAAGGGUCUGAAUACUUAUGUAAAUAAGUGUGCAAACAUUUCUAAAAACCUGUUUUUGCUUUGUCAUUGUGGGAUAUUGUGUGUAGAUUGAUGAGGAAAAAAUGUAAUUUAAUCCAUUUUAGAAUAAGGCUGUAAUGUAACAAAAUGUGGAAAAAGUCUGAAUACCCUCCGAAUGUACAAAACAUGCUCUUUCCAUUAUAGACUGACCAGGUGAAUCAGGUGAAAGCUAUAAUCACUUAUUGACGUCACUUGUUAAAUCCACUUCAAUCAGUGUAGAUGAAGGGGAGGAGACAGGUUAAAGAAGGAUUUUUAAGCCUCGAGACAAUUGAGACAUGGAUUGUGUAUGUGUGCCAUUCAGAGGGUGAAUGGGCAAGACAAAAUAUUUAAGUACCUUUUACGGGGUAUGGUAGUAGGUGCCAGGCGCACCGGUUUGUGUCAAUAACUGCAACGCUGCUGGGUUUUUCACGCUCAACAGUUUCCUGUGUGUAUCAAGAAUGGUCCACCACCCAAAGGACAUCCAGCCAACUUGACAUAAUUUUCGGAAGCAUUGGAGUCAACAUGGGCCAGCAUCCCGGUGGAAUGCUUUCAACACCUUGUGGAGUCCAUGCCCCGACGAAUUGAGUCUGUUCCGAGGGCAAAAGGGGGUGCAACUCAAUAUUAGGAAGGUAUUCCUAAUGUUUUGUACACUCAGUGUAUAUGUAUUCCUUCAGUUUCUGGGAUGUUACAUUUAUAACAUGUUUUGUCCUUCAUCUCAUGUAUGAUGAUUUCACGCUUUUGUGGUAUUGUUAGAGUGAAGGGAUCAUAUCUAGAAGGGAUCAUAUUUAAGUCAUAGUUUUGCUGCUUAUUUUUGGAGUCUGUGUUAUUGGUGCAGUAGGGGGUCACAUUGAGGUUGGGAGAGGGAGUUAAUCUGUGUUCUGUUGUGAGGAGAAGGGCUCAAGGCGAGAGUUAGUUCCACUGAUGCGCUCUGUUGCAAAGCUCAGAUCAGCUCUAAUCUCUGUUGAAGGACUCUGAGGGCUCCAAAAGAGGAAUACAAUCCAUUUCCCCCUUCUUUCUUUCCUAAAGGCAACCCCAACUCAUUAAGGUCCACUUCCUGUAUUUCUGCCAGUAAAAAUAGCAACUUUGGAGCUACCAGUCUCAAUUAUCAUAUGUCAGGUUUUUGCUGACAGAGGAUGAUGAUUCAGCCAUCAAAUGAAUAAGAGAUGCUGGACCGUUUUAUUGACACAUUUUGAAAUAAUUGUGUCCAAUUAGUUUGGUGAUCUGCCUGGCAAACCCAUGGGUCACAAAGAGGGAUCUUGUUGAUAUGAGCUGUUCUCAUUCUUCAUUGGCUAUUUGAAGCACAUUUUCCUGCCAUUGUUGAUUUAAGUCUUGACUGUAUCGGAACACCAAUAAACAGUAAUUUCCCUUUAUAUGGAUUACAGUUUGAAUUGACUUGUCGGAGUGGAAAAACAUAGUAUGUUAUUGAACAUUUAUAUCUGUAAGAAUUGCAAUUGAUAUGCAGUAUUGUGUUCUUUUGUCUUUUUCAGAACUGAACAAGAACCGAAGGAAGCUGUUUGAGGCUCCUAUCAGGUCCUCCUUCCUGGAAGGGGGAGCCAGCGGUCGUCUGUCUCGUCAGUUCCACGCUGACAUGGCCAGUGUCAGUGGCCGGUGGUAGAGCUCCACUCCACCAGGACCUAACACAACAGAGAACCAGUCUUCAGUGCCUCUCUUUGGGCUUCUGUAGGCCAGUCUACAGCCUCUCUGGGUCUGACCAAUGACUAUUCAACUAUUUUUUUUAAAGGCCAUAACAAAAAGCCAUAGUUUAACCAGAAGUGCCAAAAAAGAGAAGAGACAUCUCAUUGGUAUAGAAAGUCCAGUGUUCACUCCACAUAGUGCUUAGAUGUUUCUGUGGAGUAAUCUACGCAUGAAGGGUAUUUUACUAGUUAUGAAGGACAGGUACUGCCCAGUAGUUGUCCAUUUUUGUUAAAGGGAACAGGCCAAAUGAUUAGUACAAAAUAAUUACAUUGAUACCAUCUGCAUUCGUAGUAUGCUGUUGUAUCAAUGACAUGCACUUUAACAAUACUAGACUUUUGCCUGUGAAAGCCUGAUUCCUCAUUGGAAUACCUAUGCAUUUUGUAUUAACUCAAAGCACAGAUGUAUUUGUACCAAGCCAAAUGUACGCACUUAUUGAGAUGGAGAAAUUAAGUUCAAAGGUCAAAGUGAGAUCAUUGACUAAACGCAGAACCUAGAGCAAUGACCUUUGACCCCUCAUUGUUUUGAUUGAUUGACAUUCCACGAAGGUCAGUGUUGUAUCCACCAGCAGCUGCUGCAGUUGGGAUGCAGUCUGUCUGUAUGUCAUA